GAGAGAGAGAGAGAGAGAGAGAGAGAGAGACUCGCAAGCACACAAGCUCACACGCCUACUCAGACAGCCCACCGCACUUUCCAGACGCCCACCUCCAGCACACUCCCCUCCCCUAAAAGGCAUUCACCCACUCACCAGCUGUAGCCUCUUUGGUCCCCCGCCCUCCCGCCCGGUUCCCCCACCCCAAGAAGCAGACCCGCGCGCUAGGAGGCAGGGACCCCCGGCAGUCUAGCGGCUUGGAGAGCCGCACUGACCUCCGCCUGCCCUGCGUGCAGAUUAACAAAGGCGGCGGCGAGCCCCAGCUUGACUGCUGCUAAUCGAAAGCUAGCCGCGGGGCCCAGAGCCUGCGCCGGGUCAGGAAGCGCAACGCCGGCUGCUCUGGAGUCAGACAACGUUGAUUGAGCUCGCAGACCUCUCUGGAGCCGCGCUGCUGGGACGCCGGCCACACCAUGGGCUGCUGCACCGGGCGCUGUUCGCUCAUCUGUCUCUGCGCGCUGCAGCUGCUUUCAGCCCUGGAGAGGCAAAUCUUUGACUUCCUUGGCUUCCAGUGGGCACCCAUCCUUGGAAAUUUCCUGCAUAUAAUAGUUGUCAUAUUGGGUUUAUUUGGAACCAUUCAGUAUAGGCCACGUUACAUCAUGGUGUAUACAGUGUGGACUGCCCUCUGGGUCACCUGGAAUGUGUUCAUCAUCUGCUUUUAUUUGGAAGUAGGUGGCCUCUCUAAGGACACAGAUCUGAUGACAUUCAACAUCUCUGUACAUCGGUCAUGGUGGAGGGAACAUGGACCUGGCUGUGUCCGGAGAGUGCUGCCACCAUCAGCCCAUGGCAUGAUGGAUGACUACACAUAUGUCUCAGUCACAGGCUGUGUCGUCGAUUUCCAGUACCUAGAGGUCAUCCACAGUGCUGUACAAAUACUGCUAUCUCUGCUUGGUUUUGUGUAUGCCUGUUACGUGAUCAGCAUUUCCAUGGAAGAAGAAGACACCUUUGAUUUCAUAGGUGGACUAGACGUGCACUCCCACUACCAGGAUCAUGUUGAGUUAAAGCCUGUUAAACCUGUCGAAAUAAGUAAUGACAUUGACUCUGAAAUGCGGCUCCUGGACUUGAGUUAGGGAACAAAGAACCACUGGCCUCUGGCACUGGGGAUCCUACAGCGUCACCUUCCUCCCAGACGGCAGGACUGCAACCCCUGCGGGCCAGCGAACAGGGAGCUGCAAGGUCUUUGGUCUCAGCCUGUGUGUAACAUUAGCCUUGUUUGCUAGAUGCGUUCUGGGUGUUUGGGUGGGUGUUUUUUUUAGUCAUCUUCUUCUUACAUGAGCACUUGUAAAUUGUAAAAACAAAACAAAACA